CUGCGGCCCAUCCGCCCUUUUAUUCCCCUUAUUCAGAAUAAUUAUAAACUGUUUUUACUUUACUUUUUAAUUACAGAAACCCUAAUCUUUCUGGCAUUCAUCCGAAUCGAAUUUCAAUCCCUUAAGCAAUAUUGUCGUUGGGGGAAACACUUCGAUAUUACGAUCAAGAGUUCAAGCGAUCUGAUAUUGACCAUAGUCGAGGAAGGUUUCAAGUUGAUUUAAAGUUGUCAUUAUGAGAUUCAAAAGGGGAACAAAAGUUGAGGUCCUGAGUUAUUGUGAGGCGCCUUAUGGGCAAUGGCGUUGUGCUGAGAUUAUCUCUGGUAAUGGGCACACUUAUAGUGUCCAGUAUAACUGUUCUAGCUUGACUAAUGAGGCCAUGGUGGAGAAGGUUCCAAAGAAAUCUAUCAGGCCUUCUCCCCCUCUUGUAAAAUGCGCUGAUAGUUGGUCAGCUGAUGAUGUUGUUGAGGUCAAUCAUGCUGGUUGCUGGAAAGUGGCUGUUGUUUCAAAGUUUAUCAGUGAAGACAUUUAUUUGGUGAGGCUGCUAGGAUCCUGCAAGGAGUUAAGAGUUCACAAGUUUAACAUAAGGGCACGCCAAUGUUGGCAAGACAACCAAUGGAUUAUGAUGCGGAAGGGAAAUUCUAGAGUUGGGAAGUCUGGCAAGAAUUUGAGCUUUAACAGUUAUAAGAUGAAACCUGAAGUUCCUCAAGCUAGAAAUGAUUGUUUUCCCAUAGUGGAUGGAAGUGGGCUGCGGGAGUCUUAUCUAGUGUCAUCCACGUCAUUGAAGAGAGUGUCUCCUUAUUGCUCCUCUUUCAUUGAUACUUAUCCAAGAAAAAUGAGAGCUGUUAUGAAUGAGGAAGUGCUUGAAAAGGUAGAUGCUGGUUCUUACCCAAGUGAACAUAUGGGUGAAAAAUGCAUGCUUGCUUCCUUUAAUAAUGGAACAAAUCAAUAUAAUGAAAUGGCGAUGGUGAACCCUAAUAAUGGUACGUCACAUUGUCUUGAAAGAAUCAGUGAUUCUAAUGAUUCUUGUAGUGAUAUUUGUUCAGUUGGCAGUUGUAGUGUGAUAAGUAGCGGCCCAAACAAAUUCUCUAGUGAUAUGUUAGCAGGUCUUUGCCAAGAUGCAGAUAGUCUUUGUAGCGAUGCAGAGUCUUUAGAUGUUGGAGGUGAGGAAGAAAAAUGUUCCCUUUAUCCAAAAGAGGAUAUAGCAGCCAGAAUUCAUAGGUUAGAGUUGCAUGCUUAUUGCAGUACUCUAAAAGCUAUGUUUGCUUCAGGUCCCCUAACUUGGGAACAAGAAGCAUUAUUGACUAAUCUUCGUAUUUCACUCCAUAUUUCAAAUGAUGAACACUUGUUGGAGAUAAGGAACUUAGUUUCUUCUGGUCAGCGUUUUUAAUAAUUUCUGCAAGCAAUGUUAGCAUAGGAUAGUUUAUAUUAUGUUCUGAUCUAUGUACAGCAUUGUAAGGCUCAAAUAAGAAGACCAUAAUCUUGGUAUUCAUCUUGUAAUUGUUACUAGAAUUAUUGUGAAUUAUUACAAGCUGUGAAGUUCCCUACUCUUUUUUUGAGAAGCUAUUUGAGAUUUAAGUGAUACUUUUCAUUAUUUAAAUGAUAAUAUAGUUGUGAACUGGUACAUCUGGAAUGAUUUGCUGCAGCUACGCGGGAUUCAUCUAAUUGUUUCUUUGAUAGCUGUUUGAUGCUAUGACAAUAAUUUUAUCACAAUGUUGAAAAGCUUUUUUUUCUUUGCUUUGAGAAUCCUCACUGCUUGAGUUGGGCUGUGGCACUGUAAACACGUCAGAUGCGAUACUUCAAUUAUGAUGUCUUUAUGUCAGAUUCUGUGCUUAAUCCUUGUUGGUUUCUUUCUGCACUUCUAUAUCAUUCUAUGAUAGUUAAACUCUGUAUAACCAGUCAAUGAUCAAGGACUGCGACUAGUCUAUGUAGUGCAGCACAAAAUAUGGCAGCUUACAUGAUGUGGGUAAACUUGAUUUGCUGUCUAUUUGAUAGCGCACCAGAAGUUUUGCUUUUUAACUAUUGAUGAAUCGACUACAUUUUCCAGGGCCAGUGUUGGAGGCCUGCAUGCCUUGCUUCCAAAGGUUAAACAUGAUGCUAGGUUUGCCACUUUUCUCCUGGCAAAUUAGUUGAUGACAUCUAUUACUAAUUUUGUUACGAAUGACAAAUUUCUGACCAGUGUGUGCUAUCCUCGUUUCUGUUUGAAAUAUAUAGUCCAUUUCAGGUAUGGUUAGAAAGGACACUUGCUGUGUCAAGUCAAACAUGAACUUCCUAAUAGCUGCUGUGAUAUAACCGUGACAUGGAAGUCUAGUUCUCGCUUGUCAGGUGGAUUAUGUUCCUGGAAAUGGCAUACUCUAUCCUGAUAAUUGAAAAGCCUUGUGAUGUUGGGCUUUUGGUAUUUUUAUGGUAAUACUAAUGUCUUAGGUGUAGGCUUGUUGGAUGCGUUAAGGUUUUUAUAGAUAUUCUUUACUAAUGGCCUGAUUCUAAAGUUAGAACUUAGAAUCUGCUUUAGUAUUAAUUGAAGUAUGCGAAAAUUUUUGAAAGGCUUACCUUUUGCA